ACAAGGUCACACACAAACACACACACCAUAGCCACAAACUUCUGCAACCCAGUACAUCAGAAAAAAAAGAGGAACACGACAAGAGGCAUGAAGACACAGAAGCCAAAUGAAGACACUGCAGGGGAGAAGAAGAGAAAGACAGACAAAGUGUGAGAGAGGAAAGCAUAAAUAGAAAAGGAAAGACAGAUACGCUCGAGAGAUAAAAGCGAGGGACAGAAAGAGACAGGAAGACACGGAGACUGCUGGUCUGAUGAAUGAUGGAGGGAGACGUCAGAAAGAAAGGGAUGCUCUACCAACAGCAACAGCGCUUUGGGAAGAAAUGGAAGAAGGUAUGGGCCGAGGCUGUAGCCGACAGCACGCACAGUGUCUCCCGUCUGGAGAUCUUUGAGUUCAGCAAGUCCUCGAUGAAGGAGAGUAAAAAACGGGCCGAGGGUAGGAAGGUGAUCGUGAUGAGGGAUUGUGUCAAGAUAACAGAAGGAGAGGCUGAGGGAUGUCCAAAAGAAUGCAGCACAUUCCUGCUUGAAACUGCAGAUAAGACCCACAUGUUCGCCGCUCCGACCUCAGAGCUGCAAAGCUGGAUCGUGGAGCUGUGCAAGCUGGCAUUCCCUUUGAAUCAGACUGAGUGUAGAUCACAGAAGCAGGAUCAUCAUCAACCUAUAGAGAUGGAGGAGAACACACUGUACGGCACCAGUGAGAGUGUGCGGGAUUUCCUGGUAAUUGCCGUUGCUACAGAGGCAGCAUUACGGUGUGAGCUGUAUGGAGAAUACUUUCUCACACCACAACACGACUCUUUACUACUAAAGAACCGCAAAACGAAGCAGGUUCUCCUCACAUGGCCAUAUCGCUUCGUCAGGAAAUUUGGUCAAGACAUGCUGGCUUUUAAUUUCGAAGCAGGUCGCAGGUGCGAGUCCGGUGAAGGCUACUUUGAGUUUGCCACGAAUCAUAGUGAUCGCCUCUUCACAAUCAUCAGCGAUGCUCUCAAGAAACUUCCAAAAGCGGAAACAUCCGGAACAAGACCCAAAGAUCAGCAAUCCCACACACCUCCGGCGCAAAUAAAGCAUCCGAAGAAAAAACUGACCACAAGCUUUUCGUUAAACUCCAUAAACUUGAGUGAUAAUCCCAGCAAAGACAACCAAGUGAAGAGCAUCAAAAGCACUCCUCCUCUCUCAAGCAAUGUCCAAGAUCCAGUUUAUGCUAUGAUUAGCAAAUCAAACUUACACCCAAAGAGCACCAAUGAUUACAAGAACCAACAACUUGAGCCAUUUCCUGAAUUUGACACCCUCCCUGAGGACAUUUUCGGUGUCAUAGAAGACAAAGAUCAGACGAACCCAGAGCGAUUAUCCAUUCAUACUGAAUUUAAGGACGACAAAGCUGAAGCAGUUUACUCAGAAGUGGCAAAUUAUGCUGAUUAUGUGAGCAAGAAUAAGGCUGUUGACAACAUAGUAGAUUUCUACAAACCUCAUUCGCACAAUCUAACUGUCUGCUCUGACCUCAACGACUCUCAAGCUGUAGGUUUCAACAAGGACUAUAAGAACCAACAAUCUGGUCCACCGUCUAAUUUUCUGAAGCUUUCUAAGGACAUACCCUGCAUGAAGGAAGAAGAGCAGCUGGAUAUGUCUAUGGAGCGAUUAGCUAUCCAGCGUAUACCUAAUGUCCAUGGAGCUGAAAUAUACUCAGAAGUAACGGAUUAUUAUGAUGAUUAUGGGGACAAUAAGGAGUCUGUGCACAAUGAGGAAGAUCAAGAUUAUAUCUACCCACCUUGUGCAUCUGAUACACACUUCCAAAUGGACCCCUCCAACCUUGAGGACUCUCAAGAUGAGAGAUUUUGGACCUAUGAUAAUUUACCCAAAAGGUUAUAGUAUACUCUGCGAUUGUUUUUUGUUGGCUCUUAUUUAUUCAAAAAAGUGAUAGAACUGCCCCUCUCAGCAUAAGAGAUCCACUGAACCCCCUUACUCUAAGGGAGUGAGGAAAACAGAAGAACUUUUCUAUUGGUCUAUGUGACAGAUUCACUCAUCAACGUGUCAAGAAUAUGGCUCCAGAACAUUAAAGUUCCACUAAAGAACACUGAAAACUAAUUUGCUAUAGCAUGCUGUUUAUCACCUCAACUUUGAGACGGUUGGCUCCAGAUCCCUGAUGAUCAAAUUAGCAAUCAGAGUUCGGAUGAGUGCUAUUUAUCAUCGAUUAUUGACUUCAUAACUCUUGUCAUUGGUUACACUGAUGAUGUUUGAGGAUUAUUUCCAUUAUUUAGUUUUAAUGAUCAUCUCUAAAGCCACGAUGAUCACCACCAGAGGCCUGGUCUUUUCAUGGUGACAGAGUGCUAGAUUUGUGACAACGAAUUCCUUGGUUAAGAGUGGAAUAUAGUCUCGGUUAAGAAUCUUGCCCGCACAGCCCUGAUGAUCAUCUCCAAGUCUUUGAUGAUUGCCUACAUGCCUGGAUUCUCAAUGAUGGGCUGGAGUGUUAAUGGUAGGAUUAAUGAUGAUCGCUCCAAAGCUCUGAUGAUUGGCUCCAGAACACUGACAAGCUGUUUCAAAGCACCAAUGAAUGACUCUAGAACCCUGAGCACUGAUUACAGACUUUUGAUAAUCACUUUGUGAGCCCUAAUGAUGGGAACCUUGACAAUCAAUUACAGAGUAUUAAAGAUAAUCUGGUUUUGAUAAUGAGUUUCAAUGCUCAUUUCCAGACCCAUAGUGAUUGACAUCAGAAAAUUGAUUACCGAUUACACUGAUCAUCAAUCAGAACACUUAUAAUCAAAACUAAGGGGCUCAGGAUCAUCUCCAGAGUUUUGAAGAUCAUCUCCAGAGCCAUGAUGAUUCAUUUCAGAGUGUUGGUAAUUUGCUUGAGAGAUAAGACAGGCAGUGGAGCAAUAAUAAUUGAGCUGAAAACAGGAGAUAUCAAGGACGCAUUACUCACACAAUCUUGAGUACAAAUUCAAAUUAAUGUGAAAUUAUGCACAACUAUUUCAAAACAAUUUGGAAUUCAUAUAUAUGGUUUAUCAUCACCAUUUCGCUUCUCACCAUAUAACACACCUUUGGCUCAUUGUUUCAUCUUUAUCAUAUUCCAACUAAUGUACAUAUGUGAGGGGCUUGUUUCAGAUACUUUGUUAAGUUCCUAUGUUCCACAACUAGUUUAAACAAUAAAAAUAUAUCAGUUAUCAGACUAAUGGAUGGAUUUGAAUGUGAAUCUCUAAAAUAAAAAGAUCAACCUUGCCAUUUUUAAACGAUCUAAGAAUUUCAUUUCAUAAUAUUACCAUGCACUUUGUUGUGCAACCUGUAGAGGGCAAUAUCUGUCUCCUGAUGCUUUAUGGAGCAAUAAGUUCUGAAGUAAUUCUGAAUACUGAAUGGUGCAUUUAGGGCCUAAAUUACCACAGAAUGAUGCAUUAGACACGAUUCAGCAGAGACACAGAUCACACAAACUGGCUGUUAUUUUUGUGAGUUGCUCAUAAAUGGCACUUUCCUAUAGUAAUAAAAUAUAUAAAAUGUA